AUGCAUGUUGGUGAUGAGAAGGUACACGAUUCCGAAGCCGAGGACAUUGAAGAGACAGAAGAUGUGAUGCUUGAAGCGUCACCUCUCUUUAAAGGUCUUACAUUGAAACCAGUGCAGCAAGUUGUCAAGCUGACAUCCAAAACAACACUGGAGAUUCAAGACCUGUACCGUGACUGUCAGCCCGAGAUCACCGAGGAAACGCACGACAGAAAAGGAAGGAAGAGGAAGAUCAGUUACCUCGAUAGUAUCGUUCUCUUGUUGGCGCUCUACACAACUGCGUCCAAGAUCCAAGUACUGGCAAGCAUGGUCACUGGAUGGUCGGCCUCAACAGUCCACGACUCAAUCUGCAUCAGUGUUUGA